GUUUUCUUUUCCUGAGCAGGCAAAAACUAUCACAUCAUCAACCCCACUAUUAUGUAACAUGUUGAGCCCAAUUCGCUGUCACCCAAGCUGAGAAGUAUGCACAGUUAAAGGGUCCGUCUGCUCUGCUGUUAUAACGGGGGUUCUGGGUAAAUUCUUCGUUGCCAAUUUUGAUUCUUUCUCCAUUUCCAUUCCCAAGUUGGAGCUACCCAUCAUCAUCAUUGAGCUCUUGUUUUCAAUUUUAGUGAUCAAUUUCAAUUGUAGUCCCAUCCAGCCUUUUCUUUGCCAUUUCAUUAUCCUGAUAUCCUACCCAGUCUUACCUCCGAACAACUUAUUCUGUAUCAUAGUCAAUAGUGGCAUCAUAGAUCAUCAGUAGAAUCACAGACGACGUUCUCGAUAGCCAUGACUGCAUCCAGCAUAGUAACUACCAUGGAACAACCAGAGAAAGUUAUGCUCAUCCAGAAAGGUCCAAGGAAUGAAUCGGAUUUAGAAGAUGAUCAAGCCGGUCCUGUUUUUGUGAAACUUCCCGAUCAGAUGGGAUGGGUCAAGGUAAACAAUUUUAGCGCUUGCGACCAAUGUCGCACGAGCCAUGUGAAGUGCAGUUUGUCGGUGACCGGUGGUCCUUGUAAUCAUUGUAAAAAUCGCAACCAGUUGUGCAAGGUGUAUGGUUGGAUUUUCAAUCCAGAAUCUCCUGCUUAUAAUAUUUACAAGCCAGUUCUGCCACCUCCUCCUGCGGCGCCUCCAUCUCCUCCUGCUUUGUCGCAAACAGUCGCAUAUCGAUUUGAAUGGGAAUUGCUGGUUCGAAAAUUGACAUGGUUACAGCGCGAAGCCCCGAGGAAGUUUCGAAAGCGUUCCACUGCAAUGCCGUGGAAAGAUGAGCCAAGCCUAGAGGCAAUGUCGGAUGUUAAUCGAAAGCGCUUUCCAACUCAGCAUGUUGAAGGCGCAACAACCUUUCAGACACUUAACCCUAUGGGUCAAAGUAACCAACAUGCAUCAAACUCUGGAGGCUCUUCAAAAAAGAGACGCAUCGCGAGAGAAGCGAAAGCCCCGAUUUUUAAAUGUGUCCCCCCAUCGGAAGAGGCGGUGGUCCCAAGUACCCAACACCGCAUGAGCAUAUCUUUUAUAUUAUCUCCAUGCAAUUCGGAACAAAUAGUCAAGCCCGAGGAAAAACAUGAUAGCUCUGCUAUCUCAAGCAACGGAUGGGAAUCCAGGCGAGCGUCAUUCGCAUCCUCAGAGGGAAGUUGGUCCACAAGAUCAGACACGCGUUCUCCCUCACUUUCGCUACCAGAAACCGAUUUAUUACCAAAAUCGACGAAGCCCAGUAAUAUUCCAGCACGCAAUCCUCCGGUCCCUCAUCAAAUUGAAAAAGAAGAGAUUCUUUCGAAGUUCAGAAAGUGGCGCCCUCCUUUUGAUUCACCUGUUAUCUUAUCCGAUCAGAAUUGCGCCUUCCCGCCUAUUCCGAGGUUUCAGUGAACAUCUUGAGUGUUGCUCUUCCUCAGUUCGAGAUGCUUCAAAGAGGAAAAGCUCUCGCAGAAAAAUGUAACAUUGUUCCAGAUGUGGGUCCGACAUGUGUAAAAAGAGGUUCUGGUUCAACUUCGAGGCUAUGGGUCUGAUUGAUGGUCCAUUGAAUCCUGGUAGAUUUCUUUCUGUCAACUUGUAGCGACCAGAAAUGGUCUUGAAAUCCGCAUAACUCUUUUUAUUAUUGCUUCUUCCUUUUUAUUAAUAGAAUUUUCAAUUACAGUACAAUGCGUUCAAUGAAGCGCUACGAAUACCACUUGUACUUAGAUCCUAUAAGAAUGGUUAUGAAAAUUC